UGAGUGGUCCUUGUUGAUUGAAUGGCAUGACUCUGGAACAGUGACGACGUAAAAGAGUAAAAAACGAUUUCAUCUGUCCUAUUUGUGAAGUGCACAAGUCAGCUCACCCUUGUCUGUUUAUGUGAGCUUUUUAAGAAAAUUUGAAUGAUACUGGUUAUGCCGUUCCCUCCCAUCGUCUGUAAGAAUCAUUUAAAGCAGACUCUAUUGCCAGAUUUUUGGUAUGCUGGGGUAGCACAUGCCAUAUCUGUUUUAUCACCACAAUACAAUUCUCCUAAUAAACUGGAAUUGGUUUUUUGGAAAAAUACAUGUACAUUUCAAGCUGUGCGUGUCUCCUUAAAACAAUGACUUACUGUGCAUGUAGAAAGCGCGGUAUACCAAAAUCGGCUUUACAGACUAGGAGUUGAACAUUCCCAAGAUGUGGGCGCCGCAGGCACCUCAAAGUUCAGAAGUGAAGUUGUUUAAACUCUUAACCACAUGCAUUUUAUUUUCUCCCCAAUAUUGGACUAUCCUCUGUUAAACUUCUCUCUGUUAUUUGUGUGUGUGUGUGUAUGUGUGUGUGUGUGAUUUUUGUAGUGAAGAAGGCAAAAGCAGCCCCCUCGUUGAUGGCUGAAAGUGGUCCUCUGCCUGCCAACAGGGGAUUGUAGACAUUUGCAAAGGCCAGCAAGCAUUCAAGCCCCAUCCCUCUCUUUUUGUGUCUUCUAUUCUUUCUUUGCCCUCUCUUUCUCUUUCCUUCUGUCAAACUUAUCUUUUCUAGGUGGUUUAGUUUAAAGAGUAUAACGGUCAGAAAUGAAGGACAUAGCCUGAAACAGUGCUUAAUCUGCACUAUUUUGCAACACUUGAAUUCUGCUUCGCCAUUCAUUUUAUGGUGGAAGCAUUGUUCCUUCACAGAUGAGGCUGGCAAUAUGCUUCAUUUUCUUGAAGUCACCAAAUCCCAUGAAAAGACAAAAAGACUGUUUUCCAAAAACAUAUUUUAAAAGCACAUUGUUGAACCACACCGUUGCACUGGGGGACAUGUUUAUUCAUUACAAUGAACGCUGGCACUGCAGUUUAUUUUGAGUAAGUGCCAGAGGCACCAUCCUGCUGCUGAAAAUAGUCACUACUGCACCAAAUGUGUCUCAAUCCACCACUGUCAGAAGUCAGAAAGUGUUGACAGACGGACUAAGACAUAGUUGUUUUUGGUCUUUUCAUGGAAUUUAUUGACAAUAACAUAAAAAGAGUAUACCCAGCCUCUUCCUUUUUAAAAAUGGUUAAAUUUACAACUGAACUAAAAAAAACUUUUAAUGACAAUCCCUUAUUUGUGUCUGGUGGCAAAAGACUGUAUAAAAAGACUGUGUUGAUAAUCAGUUGUGCAAAAACCACAAUACCCAGGCAGCUGGGACUGCACAGACUAACUUUGAAAAUUCACAUUAUCUUAAUGGUCUGAACAAAGUUUGGGACAAAAAAAGGGGAACACUAGUCAAUGAUUGGUUGUCUGAUAUAACGGUUUAACUCCAUCUCGUCAUGACUUGUCCAAGAUACCCACCCGACAUGACACAAUGUUGGUACAAUAUUCUCUUUAACAGUGGUCUUCUUUUGUUGUUGUGUUUUACAGUUCUUUUUCCUGGCUCAGCCAGUCCUGUAUACCAGGCCCUGCUGAAAAUACCAUCCAACAGUUUUGUCUCCUGCAGCAAUUUCUCUCUCCAGUGUGCUUCUGUGUUUAAAUGUUGUCAUUACUGUGUGUCUGUAUUUAUGUGAAAGAGUUGUUUGUAUGGGUGGAUUUACUAUGAGAGGAUUAUGAGGUGUUUUAUUUGUUAAUUGUGGGUCAUUUUAAAAUAACAUCAGAGGAUUGUUGCAAAUGAAGAUGAUGCAAUUAUUCUUUAAUUGGACUGUGGUAGUGCAGAUUGAUCAAACAAGUCAUCCUCUGCCCAGGUUUGGUUAAUUGAUGCAGUGACAGGUAAGGAUCCUAGAAUAAUGAUGUACAAAAGGCACGCUACCUACCCUUACUUCUGUUAUUGCCAUUUAGUGUAUGAACCACUUUAUCCUCUGAAAUGUGUUUUGGUAAGUAGACACUGAUAGCUUGUGUAGUGUUCUUGCCAAAUCCCUAAAUUUCUCUUUGUUGUGUGUAUCUCGAUUUUUCUCUGUGUGCUUUUAGUAGCGAAGCCGCCAACGUGAGUCGCUUGUUUCAGUAAACGUCUAAAUGAAAAUUGAGGGCACACCCAACUGGAGAAGCAGCUGUGCUUGCUAACGUUUGGUUCAUGACUUAAAAAACACGUUCAGGAUCUAUUCCAGAUGAGGCUAAAGCUUUGUCACUGUUGGCGCCAGCAAAUGCUGUUGCAGGAAUUCUGCCAGGAGGAGGACUUCUUCCAACGCCCAACCCCAUCCCCAAUCCACCUAUUGGAGGGAACCCUUUUGGUGCGCCGAACAUGGACGCGAUGGCUGCAUUUGGCUUCCCAGGACCCAAUAUGAAUCCCCAGGCUGCUGAUCAGCUCUUAAAGUUCAUGACGGAUCCAAAACUGAAUCCCCUGGCUGCAAGCUUAAACCUGAAUGCAGGUUUGAAGGCUGACGGAUCUAAUAAAGAAAUCGAAGAGGCCAUGAAAAGAGUCAGAGAGGCUCAGUCGCUCAUUUCUGCUGCUAUUGAACCUGGAAAUAAGGAGAGCAAAAAGAAGCGCUCUCGGUCGCGGUCCAGGUCCAGAAGGAGGUGGUCCAGAUCACGUUCAAGACACAAGCGAACCAGAAGCAGAUCAAGGCGACGAUCAAGCUCGAGAAGCAGGAGGCGCUCCAAAAGCCUACGCAGGAGACGCAGCCACUCCAGAGACCGGAGCAGGCGAUCACGAAGCAGAUCCAGAGAUAGAAAGAAAGAUGACUCCGGGAGAAGAAGAUCUAAAACACCACCUAAAAGCUACAGCACAGCCAGAAGAUCACGGAGCAUGAGCAGGAGACGCAGGAGAAGUCGCAGCAGCAGCCGAUCUCCUCCCAAAAAAUCCCCUAAAAGGAGAAGCUCCAGGUCUCCAUCUCCUCGAAGACACAAGAAGGAGAAGAAGAGAGAUAAGGAAAGAGACAGGGAACGCAGGAGUGAUAAAGACCGCAGUCGUGAUGAACGUGAACUCUCCACCAACAAGAAAAAGAAGAGCAAAGACAAAGAAAGAGAGCGGGAGAGGAAAUCAGACAGUGAGAAAGGAGACGUUAAGAUCACCAGGGAUUACGACGAAGAGGAACAAGGCUAUGACAGCGAGAAGGAGAGAGAGGACAGGAAGGAUUCAGACGAUUCUGCUUUGUCUCCUCAGUCAGUAGAAGGUAACGGCACAGCACGGCCCAUGAAGCAGGCCAAAGUUAACGGUGCUGACGAUCACCACGAAGAGGACAUGGAUGUCAGCGACUGAGUGGUCCAUCACACCGUUUCCUACAUUAUCCCUCCAUUUUGGUUGUGAAGGUGUUAAAAAAAAAAAAAAAAAUUUUUUUUUUUUUUCUCGCCACUGGGGAAAUUCUAAAAUGUGAAAUGUGUUUGAAAUGUAUUGAUUUUUCACACAGGAAUGUACAAUACUUGACUGUUAAGUCUUUUUUGCCCAACGACAUACUGUCUUUCUCUUGCUUUGUCACAUUGCUUUAAAGUUCCCUUAUGCUUUUUGCCUCUACAACUGUAAUCAGUCCAAACUGGAAUAAGGCUUGCUUUGCUUUCUUGAGCUUGUGUUGUAGUUUUGUCACUUCUUCAUAUAUUGUAUCUUAACAUUUUUUUGUUUAGUGUUGUGAUGUGAUGCUCAGGCCUCUUUUGGAAAUAGUUACAUUUGCUUCUUGUUUGAAAGUAUUGAUUGUUUUAUCAAAUAUUUCUUUUAUAAUAAAGCCUAUUUGGAGAACAAAGA